AUGGUGGUUUUAGUGUUCUUGCUGCUGGAACUGAUUUCUUACAAUAUAUGUGAGGCUAUCAUAGCAAAAUGCAGGCUCCAAGGUUCACACCGUCCACUUCACAUGUAUUACCAGCCAGGAGAGUUCCUCAUUGGUGGCAUUGUUUCCCAUGGUGGCUUCUUCUCCUCUCCAGCAACAUUCACUGAGGAACCCCCACCAGCGCUGCCUGAAGAGCUUCUGGUGGUGCCUAAGGGUUACCAGCACAUCGUGGCCUUGGCAUUUGCAGUCAAGCAGAUCAAUGAAGACCCUCACAUCCUACCCAAUGUCACCUUGGGUUUUCACUUAUAUGACAGCUAUAUCAGCGCAAGGAGCACAUAUCUUGCCACACUGCUGCUUUUAUCCAUGGUGAAGAAAUUUGUCCCUAACUAUAUAUGUGAUGGUGAAAAUAAUCUGACUGGGGUCAUUGGGGGACUGGAUUCUGAAAUCUCCUUUUAUGUGGCUACUGUUUUGGAUAUCUAUAAGAUUCCACAGCUCAUUUAUGGCUCUGCUCCGGUGAUGAAUGAUAAAAGCCCAGGGCUUCCCUUCUACCAGAUGGCAGCCUCAGAAGCCCUUCAGUAUGAGGGAAUUCUCUCUUUGCUUCUGCAUUUCAGGUGGACGUGGAUUGGAGUCAUUGCAACGGACAAUGACAACGGAGAAAGAUUUCUGCAAACCAUCUCUCCAAUAUUUACCAAGAGUGGUGUCUGUUUUGCAUUCCUAGAAAGAAUCCCCAGUUUAAGUUUUAUUUCUGAAAUAAAUAGCAUGAUAGAACAGGGGGCAAGUAUAAAUCAUAAAAUUUUUAGCAGCACAGCUAAUGUAAUAGUUGCCUAUGGAGAAUCUUAUUCCAUGGCAACUUUUAGAUGUCUUCCAUACCUUUCAGAACAUGAUGACAUGACAUACAAUAUAAAAAGUAAAGUAUGGAUAACAACUGCCCAUGUUGAGUUCACUUCAUUUGUCGGUCAAAAGAACUGGGAUUCAGGAAUAUUCAAUGGUGCUAUAUCCUUUGAAAUUCACUUCAGAAACCCACCAGGAUUUCAUCAGUAUGUUGUACACAGAAACCCUUCCAGCACAGAUGGGGACGGUUUUAUCAGGGACUUCUGGCAACAGGCCUUUGAAUGUGUAUUCCCAGAUAUCACUUCAGACAAGGCAGAGGGGAAUAUUUGCACAGGAGAAGAGAAGCUGGAGAACCUUCCUGGAUCAUUUUUUGAAAUGAGCAUGACAGGCCACAGUUACAGUAUCCACAAUGCUGUCUAUGCCAUGGCCCAUGCUUUACAUGCCAUGUUCACAUCCAGACCCAGGCACAGCGAAAUGGCAUACAGAGGGGGAGGGAAGAAUCCGAAUCCACAGUUUUGGCAGCUCCAUCACUUUCUGAGAAGUAUCUCAUUUAACAAUACUGCAGGAGAUGUGGUCCUCAUCAACCAGAAUGGAGAGGUGGUAUCUAGCUUAGAUAUUGUCAAUUGGAUUAUAUUCUCCAACCAAAGUUUCAACAGAGUGAGCGUUGGGAGGAUAGAUCCACAGGCUCCUCCAGACCAAUCAUUCAUCCUUGAUGAAGAUGCCAUAACAUGGCACAGUUGGUUUAAUCAGGAAGUCAGUAAGGAUAAACCACCCAAAGAGGAAGCCACAUCGGGGGAACCCUCCUGCAGCUCUCCUCGGUGUCCCCAGAGGCCUGGCAUGGCCCUAGUCCCUCAAGUGGACUUCAGACAGGAGCCAGGCCCUGGAUUCCUUCAACAGAAUACCCUUGAUAUGAAUGACUGUAAUAAAUGCCCAGACAAAGACUAUCCCAGCAGGAACCGUGACUCAUGUCUGCCCAAGGAUAUCAGCUUCUUGUCUUAUGAAGAACCUUUGGGCAUCAGUUUAGCCUGUUUCUCUCUUUUCCUUUCCUUGAUCACAGCUCUGGUACUAGGUACAUUUUUGAAACACCACAACACACCCAUUGUCAUUGCAAACAACCGAAACCUCACCUACACUCUCCUCAUCUCUCUCCUGCUCUGCUUCCUGUGUGCAUUGCUCUUCAUUGGCCGACCUGAGAAGGUGACGUGCCUCCUCCGCCAAACAGCUUUUGGCAUCAUCUUCUCAACUGCUGUUUCUGGUGUCCUGGCAAAAACCUUCACGGUGGUUUUGGCCUUCAUGGCUACAAAACCAGAAUCCAGAAUGAGGAAAUGGGUGGGCAAAGGACUAGGCCACUCCAUUAUCCUUUCCUGCUCCAUAGUUCAAGUAGGCAUAUGCACUGUGUGGCUGGCAACCUCUCCCCCAUACCCAGAUGUGGACAUGCACUCAAUAACAGAAGAAAUUAUACUAGAAUGUAAUGAAGGGUCUGUGACGAUGUUUUACUGUGUCCUCAUCUACAUGAGCUGCCUGGCAACUGUAAGUUUUGCUGUGGCUUUCCUCGCCAGGAAAUUACCAGACAGUUUCAAUGAAGCCAAGUUCAUCACUUUCAGCAUGUUGGUCUUCUGCAGUGUUUGGCUGUCCUUUAUUCCCUCCUACCUGAGCACCAAGGGAAAAUAUAUGGUAGCUGUGGAGAUCUUCUCCAUCUUAGCCUCCGGUGGUGGGUUGCUGGGUUGCAUCUUCUUCCCCAAAUGUUACAUAAUCAUUCUGAGGCCUGAGCUGAACAAUAGAGAACAGCUAAUAAGGAAGAAAAAUUAAAGAAAUGAGAAACCUGUCAUCUGCUUUAUUUUGUGUUAUCCUCUGUGUUCACAGUAGAAUAUUUGGAAAUAUAAGUUCACCUGCUCCCUUUUAUAAUUUUUUCUAGACUCCUAAUUCCCAUAGUUGAAAUUUCCUUUGUGAAAUUGACUUAUUUGCUUUGAGGAAAACAAUCAUACAUUUACACAUACAUUAUUCUGUUGCAGCAUGUGUUGACAAGAAGAAUUAGAGCAAUUCUUGUCAAAAUAUACAUGUAAGGAAAUCUGUAUCUAGCCUUAAUUCUCACAGCUUUCAGUAUAAUGUGAAACUGUACUAUUGCAGGCCAUGGAAUAUUUGAGUAUUCAUUUAUGGUCUAUUGUUCUGUACUGCUCACAGUCAGAUUUCAUCAUCAAC